AUGCCCCCAAAGAAAUCGAACAAACAGCAGCAACCUGCUAAGAAAAAGGACAAUGUCGACAAGACUUUUGGUAUGAAAAACAAGAAUCGGUCGACCAAGGUGCAGAAAUACAUCCAGCAGGUGCAGACGCAGACGGAUCCGAAAAAGGAGGAGAUGAAACGUAAGAAGGCCGAGGAGAAGGCGCGCAAGGAGCAGGAGGAGGCAGAGCGACGUGCGCUGUUCAACCCGGCGAUGGACCAGAGCAUCCGGGCGGGCGUGGACCCGAAAACAGUGCUGUGCGCGAUGUUCAAGAUCGGAAACUGUAACAAGGGCGCGAGAUGCAAGUUCUCGCACGACUUGAACGUGGGUCGGCGCGUGGAGAAGAAAGAUCUGUACCAGGACGUGCGAACGGAAAAGGAGGAGGACACGAUGGAGUCGUGGGACGAGGAAAAACUGCGGUCGGUGAUCUUGUCGAAACACGGCAAUCCGAAGACCACAACCGACAAAGUGUGCAAGUUUUUCAUCGAGGCGGUGGAAAACGGCAAGUACGGGUGGUUUUGGGUGUGUCCCAACGGCGGCGACAAGUGUAUGUACCGGCACUCGUUGCCCGAGGGCUUCGUGCUCAAGACCAAGGAACAGAAACGUUUGGAAAAGGAGGCGCUGGAUCUGCAGCCCAAGAUCACGCUGGAAGAGUUCAUCGAGACCGAAAGAGGACGUCUGGACAGGGCCAAACUGACCCCGAUCACCGUGGCGAACUUUGCAGAGUGGAAACAGAACCACAUCGCUCAAAAGCUGAACGCAGAGCGUCUCGGGGAUAGCAAACGCAAACCUUCGGGCCGCGAGGUGAUGAUGAAGAAAUUCUUGGAAGACAAAAAGUUCGCAGAGGCAGACGACUUGGACGCUUCCCAGGGCUCCGCUUGGGAUCUGUCGGAAUUCACCCAGGCUUUGAAAGAAGCAGAAACCAAAACCGACGACGGCAUCAAGGACUACGGCGACGGUUCCAACCCUACGUUCGAUAUGCCGCUCAAAGCUGCCCCCACUGCAUCUGCAUGA